UGGCGAGCCAGGCAAAAGGCGGAUCUAUUGAAGUAUGAGCGCUCUCCCUACUACCAGUUCGCCCGAUUUGAUUGUGCGAAUAAUCUGUUGCCGUGCUGCGCAAGGACUUGGGCUCUAAUAGCCUAAUGCUGUUAUUGUAACGUGAGAUACUCGUCAAUUCGCUGAAGUUCUCUGGUAGUUUGCAGACAGCAGCGGGACGAUUGUGCUGUUUUUAAAAUCACCGUUGACUUAGAAACUGGACAACAACAACAACACCACCAUGGGAUGGCUGUUGUGACCCAUCCUUUGACAAAUCGCUCCGUUCCUGGCGCCCUGGUCUCUGGGUGCGCAUGGCCAUGAAGCGGCCAUGUCCUCCAACGACUCCGAAGUCAUCACCUGCACCAUCACCCACGAGAUCCACCAGAACCUGUUCGCCGGCGCCUACAUCAUCAUCCUGCUGGUGGGCCUGCCCGCCAACGCCUACUCCCUCUACCACGCCUGGCUGCAGCUGCGCGUGCGCAACGAGCUGGGCGUCUACCUGCUCAACCUGACCAUCUCCGACCUGCUCUACCUGGCCUCGCUGCCCAUGUGGCUGCAGUACAUCUUCUCCGGCGACGACUGGCAGCACCACGAGUGGCUGUGCAAGCUGUGCGGCCUCCUGCUCUACGAGAACAUCUACAUCUCCAUCGGCUUCCUCUGCUGCAUCUCCAUCGACCGCUACCUGGCCGUGGUCUACCCGUUCCGCUUCUCCUCCUUCCGCUCCAUGCGGGCGGCCGCGCUGGUCAGCGCCUUCAUCUGGCUCAAGGAGCUGGCGGUGGGCGCCAUCUUCUUCAGCCACCGCGCCACCAGCGUGGACGCCACCAACCAGCGCGUGUGCUUCGAGCACUACCCCAUGAAGCCCUGGGAGUACCCGGUGAACUACUACCGCUUCUUCGUGGGCUUCCUCUUCCCGCUGGUCAUCCUGUCGGCGUCGUACUUCCGCGUGCUGCGGGCGGUGGGCAAGAGCGCCGGCACGCAGACGGCGCAGAAGACGCGCAUCAAGCACCUGGUGACCAGCACCAUCCUCAUCUUCCUGGUGUGCUUCUCGCCGUACCACGUCUUCCUGCUGGUGCGCACCACGCUGGAGCGCAGCUGCGGCUUCAUCGAGACGAUCUUCAACUACUACCACUUCUCGCUGCUGCUCACCAGCUUCAACUGCGUGGCCGACCCGGCGCUCUACUGCUUCGUGAGCGAGAGCGCCCAGCGGGGCAUCCAGGAGGCGCAGCGGGCGUGCACCAAGGCGGCGUGCUGCUGCUGCCAACGCCGCCGCCGCGGCGACCAGGGCGCCAAGAACAAGGGCAUGGCCAUCACCGGGCGACUGGCGGUCACCGCGACAAAGUCUAGCGAGGUCGCCACGACCAACGAAGGCAGGACUGCGACGGCCAUGGUCACGUUGUUACAGCCAAUGAAAACCAGUGAGGAUGUAUGAGAAGGCACGCUUGUUAAGCUAAUCCCCAAUGGGCUGGCCCAGGAAGAAAAAAAAAGUCUUAUGUUACCAUGUUGUUUAUUUGUUGAUUGUUAUAUAUUUGUUAAACAUAUCUAAAACAGCGUUGUUCGUGUUAAAGCUAUGUUAAAGCCAGUAUGUAAAAAAAAAAAAAAUCUGUUUGGAACUUAAUGUGUGUGUUUUUGCACUCUCAGGCAUCUUAAAGGAAAAGCAAAACAACCUAGGGUCUAUUUUCAGAAGCUAACGGGUCAAACUGUUGUUUGAGAGCAAAAUUACAUUAAUUGGUGGAGUUUUAAGCAGGACGGUCGUUUGCAUUAACACCAAAUUGUCUUACAAUGAAAGCGCACUGGGCUUACACUCACGUCAAAAACAAACACUUUUUUUUAUACCACUGACAAUGUUCAAAAUAGAAUGACACUUCUCUGGCAGUGUGGUGAGGUUGUCUACAGACAAAUUGAAGCAUUGUAAAUGUUCUACGUGUUUAGAAAGGUUAUAAAAAAUAAUUUUAUGACGGGUGUGUUUUUUAGGCUACCUUAGCUGUCUUCCUGGCGCAGCCAUCUUGAAGGAAAGGCCUAACAAGUCGAUUAACAAAUGCAAUGCAAACCACAGUUAAUGAACGAGAAAGGAGAGUAGCUGACACACCCUUCAUAAAAUAUUUUUUUUUUGUAAAUGAAAAUAGACCCUAGGUUGUUUAUGCCCCAGACCAUUCCUUCAAGGGUAUAGCACUGUCCAGUUGGUCCAACUUGGUCCAGUGUGACCUCAUGGGGUCAGACUUUGGAGUUCUUUGAUGAAAGGACAGUCUGGAAACAGAAACAGAUUUUGGUAUCAAAUGGCAGUUUAGGUCCACGUCCUUAAACCUGCCUAAACCUGCCUUCACCUCUACUGUUUACUCUUUGAAUAAGACCAAUUACUUUGAACGUGGAUUGUCUUCAAAUGUGUCUAACGCACAACACAGGCUACUGUCCUUAAUUUAGCUAAUUGGGGGGGUUCAAUCGCCCAUGCUCAAAAGAAGAACCAUGAAGCUGCCUUAAAGCAGAAAGAAGAAGAAUUUGGAGGAAAGGGAGAUGUGGUGAGGUUUUUAUUGUAUCCCCAAAGGUAUAGCAAAACACCAAGCAGCGAGACUGUGUGAUCUGGCAGCUGCCACAGUAAUGGAUCCAGCUAUGAUUCCGAGGCAAAAAUCACACAGUGAUGUGGGACAACCACAGGUCAUUCAUCUUUUGACUUGCAGUGGACUGACUGACAGGCAGCGUGAGCUGAUAUGGCUGUGAUUUGGAAGCACAGCAGCUCACUUUUUUGUUUACAAGCGUUCCACCUUGAUGGUAUGUAAUUGGUGUAAUGAGCAAAAAUGGGUAGUUUUGUAUGACAGAGAAUCACAUAUCAGACAAAAUGGAAUUCAA